ACGGGACACACACGAGCGCACGUCCCGAGGCCAACUCGAGAGCGUGGAGAGUCGAGAGCCCACCACCCGCGACCUAACCCGGUGACCUCUCUCCCCUCCCAGGCUCUCCCACCCACCUUUCUCCUCUCCUUCAUUCCUCCCCGUCCCGCGUCGCGUCCCACGCCGCCGCACCUCCGCGGCAGCGCUACUCCUCGCCGUGACGUCGGGGAGGCCUCGCUCGGGGGAGGGCUGCCUGCCUGCCUGGCUGGGUGUCAGUCGGCCGUAGAGGAGGAGGGGGGCGGAGGAGCUUGAUCUGGGGCACCUGCCCCCCCUCCCCUGCGCCGUCGGGAUGUACAUGCCGCCGCCGCCGCCCACCGGCGGCGCCGGCGAGCAGCCUAGGCUUUACCAGGUCUGGCGGGGAAGCAACGUAAGAAAUUUCUACCUGCCACCCGCUCUUCCUCUCCCCAUAUGCAGUGAUCCGUGAGAUGUUGAUGGAAGUGUAAUAAUCGAUUUUGCUCAGUACCUGUUGGGCUGUUGGUACUGUGCGGAUGCGUGGGCGAUUGCUUGAUUAGGGAAUUCAUUUACGGUCCUGGUCCAUGUUGUUGCUGUAGCUGCUGUGGUGGGAGUCCCGGUAUGCAGGGUGGAACAGAAGGGAGGGCGGAUUUUGUGUGCUUUAUAUUGUAGGUCAGGAAAACGAUGAGUAGCUCAUGCCCUGGACGGUUCUGUGAGCUUAAACCUUGAAAUGUAGGUACCUACUACAAAAACACACACACAUAGUUAUUCCCAUAUAUACAUAGUAGCAGAAAACGGGUCGAAGGCAGUGACUCUGAACGUCAUGGGGUGACCCCUGACGCCGACCCUGGGUACAUGGGGUGAUUUCUGACCUUGACUUGUUAUCUUGCAAUUAGCGCACCACGUUUCUCGAGACCUUGACUAAGGAACAUUGCGACUAUGGUUGCGCCAUAAUUUUUUAGUUAUAUGAGAGGAAUAAUUCCUUGAGCAGGAUGUUCAGUAGAAAUGUAGAAUUCCGUUGGAAUUGUUUUGUACUUGUAUACCAUCAGCAACUUAAUGAUGGCAUCGGCCUGUAAUGUAUAGUGCAUCUUAUUUGUAGUGCCUAACUAGUAGGGAUUUGAAAUGGUUUAUGAGGUUUUUUGGUGAAAAAUGAAAUGGGCAUCUAUACAAAGUCAAGCCAUAAGAUAAAGGCUGCCACGUGGAAACCUCAGUUCUUGAGUUACUGUUUCUUUGUUGUCAUGUGAAGUAUAAUCAUCCUUUGUUGUUGUUGUUUUUGACGAAAACAGGAGGGGAUGAGGAUUCCCCUACUGUAAGUUUAUGUAUAAUCACCUUUGUUGUUGUACCCUGAUCCCUUCGUGCCAGCAAUUAGAAACCAUAAAAGGAAGCAGGUAACAGGCUGCAGCACCAGUCUGGCAUGAGAUACAUGAGUUCACUGGAUUGGAGAUGGUCCAUCAGAAUUGGAAUGUUUUGGUUUAUAUGCUUCAAAUCUUCUGUUACAGUUUUAUACCUUUUCCUUGAUCAUUCAUUUGGCAUUGUCCGAAACUGACCCAUGCGUCUACUGGGGAAUGAACAGUUUUCUGGCUAUUGAUAGUAUUUUUAUGAACGGUGGCAGCAUGGUAUAUUUAUAUUUGUAUGAUUCCAUGUACCUUUGGCUUGAAUGUAUGUGUUUUUACAAGUUUGAAAAUAUACUUCUGCACUUCUGUAUUUAUUUUUUUAUCGAAAACACAGGAGAGCUACAUAUCAUUUCAUUAGAAGGAGAGAAAGGAGUACAGCAAAUAAAACACACAAACUUUGCCCUAAGGUAGCUCAAGUAACAUCAGCAGCCAUGAUUAACAUGAAUAAAACAACGACAAAAAAAAUACCUUCUACAUCCUGGCAGUGAGCAUGGUUAAACCUUUCACCCCAGCCAUGCUCCAAUGGCACAAUUUAUCCCAGCCAUGACUAAAACUGUUGGCAGGUGAGGGGCUUUCAAAUUGAACACACAAUCAUUUGAUUCAUUUCUAUGCUUCCAUAUGGUUCAAGCUCUUAAGAUAACUAGGGAAUUCAGACCCUUUCUGUGCGUAGGAUUCACUGACUUUAGAGCCUUGCUCUACCAAUCCAGGAAACCUCAGAUGGCUGGGGAGAGAGUGCAGCUAGUCCCUAGUCCCAUUCGCUGAAGUAGGAAAUAACAAAAUUGCCUUGCAAAGACACAAUUAAUGAGCAGAUGAUUGAUGGAUUCAUCCUCUUGAUGACAUAACAUGCAUAGGUCCAAAUAUGCGCCACCAACUACAUAAAAAAGGAGCAUUUGCUAGGCGCCCAGGCCUUCCAAAUAUCCUCCCAAGGCCCAAAGAGGAUAGAACCUUGAAAGGAAUUCUUCUUGCAGGGAAGAUUCAUAUUUGGGCCUGAUGUGAGAUCUGUGUUUCUCACUAUGAUCCUCAUCAUCGCACCAGUGGUUGUCUUCUGUCUGUUUGUUGCAAGGCAUCUCAUAAAUGAUUUCCCCGAUAGCUGGGGAAUCUCAGUGAUGGUAGUAGUGGUUGUCUUCACUAUUUAUGAUUUGACGUUGCUUCUUUGUACCUCUGGUAGAGAUCCUGGUAUAAUACCCCGGAAUUCUCAUCCUCCUGAACCUGAAUCCAUUGAUGGGAUCAACGACACGGGUGUUCAGACUCCACAACAAUUUCGUUUGCCUCGCACAAAGGAAGUACUUGUAAAUGGGAUCAGUGUACGGGUCAAAUACUGUGAUACUUGCAUGCUGUACCGACCACCUCGAUGCUCACACUGUUCCAUUUGCAAUAACUGUGUGGAACGGUUUGAUCAUCACUGUCCAUGGGUCGGCCAGUGCAUAGGACUGCGUAAUUAUCGGUUCUUCUAUAUGUUUGUAUUCUCGACGACAUUGCUCUGCCUCUAUGUAUUUGCCUUCUGUUGGGUGUAUGUGAUCAAGAUUAGAGCUGCUGAGCAAUCGUCAGUUUGGAAGGCCUUGCUGAAGACACCAGCAUCAGUUGCUCUGAUUAUCUACUGUUUUCUCUGUGUAUGGUUUGUGGGUGGUUUAUCUGUCUUCCAUUUAUACCUGAUGAGCACUAACCAGACAACAUAUGAGAAUUUCAGAUAUCGCUAUGAUCGGCGCGAUAACCCAUAUAACAAAGGUGUUCUGAACAAUUUUCUAGAGAUAUUCUGCACUGCUAUCCCCCCUUCGAAGAACAAUUUCCGGGCAAGGGUGACAGCGGGGCAAGGGCUGCAGCAAACGCGCUCACAGUCCAGGGGUUUCAUGAGCCCCAGCAUGGGCAAGCCCAUUGGAGAUCUUGAAAUGGACAGGAAGCCAGUAGCACCUUGGGACGAGCCAAGGACGGCGGCUGAUAUCAGGGACUUGGAAGCAGGGCUUGGGGUCAUGUUCGAUGAGAAAGAGGGCAGGGUAGCUCAUGCAUCCCCAGAUCUGAGCAGAGACCUUCCAGCAGAGUUCGUGGAAGGCCGAUCUGGUAUGCACUCGAGGCAGUCAAGCUGGGUUCAGAGAGGAGACGCAAUCGAAGCGUCGGCGGUGCAAAUGGCUAAUGCGCGCACCACGGAAGCUAGCAACAAUGUUGCCUGGAGCGGUACACAUUAACCCAAAAAAUGAUAAAAAGAAAAGGAGGAACUAUGGUGUGUUGGCGAUGUCUCCAAGUGAACCCCCGUGUGUUUGUUGCCACGUGUGCUGCUCCGGGUAAGGCCCUGGAUCAUUCUGUAAUGUAUAAAUCCUAAGCACAAGCUUGCUGCUAUUGUUUCAUCCCUGGUAGCGUACCAGGUCCCUGCGGCUGCUGCUGCUGUCUUGUGUGUGUUUGUUUGGGUGACAAAUUGAUGAAGUGGCCGACGAGCUUAAGCUCCCGCCAGGUUCGGAUGAUGUAUACAAAAUUGUUGUCAGGUUCCAACGGAUGCUGUGCUUGGUUUGCCACACCAGCGCUGCGUGCUUUGGGUACUCGCAAGUGGCAUCUGGGCACCCCGCUCCCAUGCAAACUUGUUCUUGGUGUAAGCCUGGAAAUCUGCUCUGUAUGGUUGGCAUUGUUGUAUUUGCAGAUGUGGACAUGGUACUUGCUA